UUUUAAUUUGCCAUGCUCAGAAUAAGCUCAUAAACUGUGAUUCAUUACAUUUAAAAAGUGCUUUGAGAUCCCUGAAUGAAAGGCACUUCAUUACCAUAACACACUGCGUGGUGUGGAGCUCUGGCCGCCCGCGCCCCAACCGGGCCGUUCUACGCUGCACGUCACGUCAGCUGAAAGGCUCCAUGAGACCAGCACAGGGAGUAAGAGGAUUAGGCUUUGGCUUCAAGGGUUCGCCUUAGUGCUACACUUUAAAAAGUGGGAUGCCCAGUGCUGGUGGCUGUGUGCUAGAAUGACACACCAAGUAAGCAAAGCCACCCACACAUGCAUCCUUUUUAGAGUGCUCUUCUUCAGCUCUCCUGUGUGAUCAGAGUACUGAUCACAGAGUACAAACAGGGGUAACUUCCCUUAUUAAAAAAAAUAUAAUGCCUGCUGCAGGGUAAAGGCUGAGGCUGCACUUCCAAAAGGGAGACUUCACAAGCAUUGCCCUUCCUGCAGAUCACCCAUAUAUGGAGGGAUGGAAAUACCCUUGUGCUCAGUAACCAGCCAACAGAGGGCAACAUGCCCAUGAGCACACAGGCUUUGAUCCUGCAAACCCUAAUGUGAGCUUCAUUGGAGUGAACUCCAACUCUACAUGCAAGUAGAUCUCUUUUGAAAUAAUUCAUGAAAUGUUUGGUUGUAUUUGCUUAUACAAUUAGAGCCCCUUGUAAUGACGUGGAACACUGCUUCAUUUUAUACCAAACGCAGCAGUAGUUCCUUCAUCCAGGUUCCGGCAUUCAGCCACAAACCAGGACCUACUGCAAUAGCUACCAUGCAAGUGCAAAAGCAAAGUCUCAGCUUCAGAGAUUUCGUUUGCUUGUGCAAUGACACCGAGGACAAUCAUUCUCAGUUUAUAUUUAAAUGCACUGUUGAAAUGACCUUCAAUCAUCUUCAGUUUAAAGAUUUCUGUCAGAUUGCACAUGCUCCCAAGACUCUCCAAAAACGGGUUUCCUCCAAGCAGCUGCGCAGGAGCCUGUGCAGGCUGAUCCUAGCCCUGGUCAUGCAGAAUCUCCUUGCAGUUUAUAUGACUGUGGAAAACAAUAGAGAAUCAGUCCCUGCAGCCCUUGCCUGGGCCUUAGUUAAUUAUGUGCUGCUGGAUUAUCAUUAGGAUAAUCAUUUGAAGGGAAGUGCCCCAAUACCCUUAGGGGUGUGCGUGGCACUUGAGAGUUUCAGCCUUUGAGAAACAGCUAAAGAGGGAGCUGAGGAUUUAGUUUUCUCCUCCCCAUACCUGCUGGUGUGGUAACAGGAGAACUAAAGCCCUUAGGAUCUUGGUCAUUCUGGAUGACCUUUUGCUACCUGCCUCAUAAGAGCUCUUCUUGGGUGAUCUGCGUGAAGUGGGGAGUAACUGAGCACAGAGCUGUGGCUGCGGGCUGAACUCGACUCAUGAAGGGCUUGGUGGUAUUCUGUCCAGCUUAUUCUGUGCAAACCCUGUCACUCUGGGGCUUCUUGAGUGAGAAAUAUUAAAAACCAGGCCCCAUCAAUGCAGGAGGACAGCCACCAUCUCAUGUGUCACUCAUGCUGCCCAGCCAAGGCAGCAGCUUCAGUGGGACAACUUCAGCACUUCGGUGCAGCUGGCCAGCCCUGGUCCUGCUGACAUGCAGUGCUGCAAAGCACUCACCUUCCAUUGCGCAUAUGGGAAAACAGCAGCAGGAUUUGCAUAGGAAGCACCAUGAGAAAAACAUGAGCAGUGGUCCUGGGUACCAAUAGGGUUAUUGGUUUGCCUUGCAUAUCAGCAGGAUUUACUGUUCUCCUCAGCUGAUGCUUCAUGGAGCCUUUCGUCCCUGGAAAAGGUUUUGAGUUGUCUUACUGGGGUCACUGUGCAUUUGUUUUUCUCUUCCAACUGCAUCUCAAAUGGAUUUUUAUAUUGAGGACAGUUAUAGGAAACAGGCUCUUGGAUCUGUAAAUGAUAAUAGGGGUAUUGAUGCUGCCCUAUCAGGAAGGGUUUGUCACUGGCCCUUUAACACAGUGUUCUAAUGUAACACAAGGAAACACCAACAGGUUUUAAUUAGUUUAAAGACUGAGUGCAGCAGGGGCAAAUCAGUGCCACAAAGUUCCUGUUACAGCUACCAUUGGUAGUCAGCAAAAUCUUUCUGCUCCAGGGUCCCUCAAAACCCUGCUGUCAGAAAGAGAAGGGCCACAGGAACUGCUGCCCAGAAUGUUUUCUUGGUGCUUUAAACGCUUUUCUUCUGUUCUUGCCCCAAAAUGCUCCUCCUGAGAAUUUUCAAAUCCAUCAUGACAGUGUCUCCUGGUCCCACUGGCAAGUAUUUUCCCACUGUCCCCUCAACCUACAAGCAUCAGCAAGGGUGAGGAUGGUGCCUCCUCUUCACGUAAUGGUGAGGCGUGUGUCCUUCUCCAUCCUGCAGAGGAUCUGGGACAUGGUGCAGCCAGGUGGGCUCUCCUAGCUCUGCUCUGCUGGAGUAAGAGACAAUGGAGGAGGCAGCUGGGAACAGAACAAGGAGCAUGCCCUUGACAGUAAAAAUAAGGGGGGGCUGUCAGUAAAAGUGAGGGGAAGCCACUGCCCUCAUCAUUUCUCACUUCAUGAAGGAUGAUGUGGCAGCUUGUAAAAACUGAUCCAUUCUGUGGCGUUAUGAGUUGCUAAUAAUGGACCUAAUGCUAGGCUCAUUGAAUAAACACCCAACUCUCUAUCACCUUCAGGAUGAAUAACAUGAGCUAAUUAAGAGCUUCAGUCACUCAAGCCAUUAAAUUGGAUCCUCUGCUGCUCUGAGCAGAGAGGAAAGUGUCCAGGAGCCUCUCAUUCCUUGCUCUACAGCUAUUUACUACACAAUUCGCCCAUCCCGUGUUGAGGCUUAUCCAUCUGCACAUCAUGGCCAUGCUUUCUCCUGCCAGUCACAGAGGUGGUAGGAGGCUUAAUUCAUUGUUAUUUGCAGAGUGUGCUGUGAUUGCCAGCUGAAAGGCUGAGAUUGAUAGAGAAGUCCCGUGCAGUGACAGCAGCUUUGGUCUCUUGGAAAUACAGGCUUUGCUAACAGUGCGUGGGGUAAAAGGGCGAGACUUCAGCCAAAUCCAUUGCUGUUUUGACUGUGUGUUUAAUCUGACAGGGGACGAAUGUAGGGGGAGAAAGAGACAGGCAAUUUGUUAGGGUUCAGUGAAGUGCUAACUAGCAGUAGAUCUUGAGGGAGAACCAAAGCACCUGGAAAUGCCUGUCUGUGCACACAGCUUGAGUUUUUCGUGACUGCUCUUGGUUUUUUAGGAUUUAAAACCUCAGCCUUGACUACAAAUAAAGACUAAAAUAGGGUGAGAUGAAUGACCGCAGGCAAACACAGGAGUCCAGAGUGCCUGCAAAACUGUGUGCACACUCCAAAAAUGAUUUCAACUUUGAUGCUUGCAGGGGUGUUUCUAAAACAGAGACCCUUCUGCACCUGCAGGCUGCAUGGGGACUUGCCUGUGGGACUGUUGCCUUAUAAAGAGGGCAGAGAGAGUGGAUUAAAUCAAUAUUUCAUUUAUUUGGACUUGUAAUUCCUCUUACAUCAGCUGCCACAUAAGAUCUCUGCAACUCCCUUCCCCUCCUCCCCACCCUCAUUUACUAUGCACCAAUAAUUUCCCUUUGACGCGAUGCUGCCAGCUCCCAUGCCAGAUGGCCCCGGUUCUGAGCUGCUCCCUCUCGGGAGCGGCCCCAUUGUCAAUGCAGAGGAGGCAUCACGGCUUUGAACCCAACACUGGGACCCAAACUUCGGCCCCAGCAUGAGGAGGAGUUAACCCACUAAUGCAGGAAACCAUGCACACAGCACACCCUCCCACUCAUUGCCAUUAAGGACAAGCCCUUCACUAAAGGCUGUUUUGCAUUUUCCCCCACGAUCCAUGUAUAGAAAUCUCGUGCAAAUUUAAUUCUGUCACCACCUGAUUCCACUUCCCAGGCAUGAGGUUCCCUUUGUGUCCUAAACUCAAUUAGACAUAUGCAUUGAGCAUCACGGACACAGAUGUUAAAACAAAGUGUGCACAGGCCCUGCUCUUUCUUUUUUUCUUUCUCCCCUUCCAUGUAGAUGCAGAUGCAGUAAGAAAGCAAGUGAACCUGUUCAUCACGCUCAUCCCCUCUGAAGAAAAAACUGCCCACAAGGAAGAGCCGAGCUGGGCUGAGGAAUUCCAAAGUGGUGCCAUUUGGCAGUGGGUGAAAGGCAUGGGUUUAUUUGAAAGCUUCCAUCAUGGUCAAGGAUUGUGUGACAGCAGCUGCGAUUGUGUUCUUGAUUGACCGGUUCCUGUACUGGAUUGAUGCCUCAAGCAUACUCCUGAAAAUCGCCAAGGGCUUGCACAAGCUGCAGCCCACCACACCCAUCGGUCCUCAGGUGGUCAUCCGCCAGGCUCGCCUUGCCGUCAAUGCAGGUAAACUUUUAAAAGCUGAAUAUAUCCUCAGCAGCCUUAUUAAUGACAACGGAGCAACAGGUACCUGGCAGUAUGCUAAGGAAAGUGAUAGGAUCCUUGUUCAGUCAGUCUGCUUACAAAUCAGAGGACAGAUUCUGCAAAAGCUGGGGAUGUGGUAUGAGGCAGCAGAGUUAAUUUGGGCUUCAAUUGUGGGAUAUUUCAAACUUCCUCAACCAGAUAAAAAGGGAAUUGCGACUUCCUUGGGUAUUCUGGCAGAUAUAUUUUCUUCCAUGAAUGAGAAGGAUUAUGUGCGUUUUAAAACCAAUGCUGCAAUUAACCUGACCCUUCUCCAGGAGUCCAGCCAUCGCUUGCUAUCAGCUGCUGAAGCCUGCAAACUAGCAGCAGUCUACAGCCAGUACACCUCACUGUUUGUGCUAACAGCUGUGAACAUCCGUGGAGUGUGUUUGCUGUCCUAUAGUCACUCCAAGGACUGUCCACCAGAAAGGAGAAAGUUCUACUUGUCCGAAGCCAAAGAAUCCUUUGAGAUAGGCCUCCUCACCAAGAAUGAUAACAGUCGUGUCACCAGCAAGCAGGAGCUCCAUAGUUUUAUUAAAGCUGCUUUCUGCCUCACAACUGUGCAUCGAUGGCUCUAUGGGGAGAGUGAGAAACUCCGUGAGGUGGAUCGACUUUGCAGAGAAGCCAUAGCAAAACUGCAUACCUACAGCACUUCAUUUACAGAAGAGGAAGAGAAAGGAGUGCUUGCAGAAGAGAUCAUGUCUCUGAUCACAUCUGUUAAGAAGCUCCUACAAGUGGAAAGCUUUCCUAAUUCUGAUGCCAGGUCUUAUGUGCCAGACAGUUAUAAAGGGGCAGUGGAAAAACCUGUCCUGCAAGGGGAAGCCGACUUUGAGAAAAUCCUUGCCAUGAAUUCUCAGCAUCAUCUGUCAGUGUGUGAAGUGUUUAAAAAUCCUUGCAGAAUUAACAAAAACACACUGGGAGAAACCCACAUGGCAGCUUGUAUCACAACUUUAAAAACAGAAACCAAAAAUACAGAUACCAUGUGUACCACUGAAGACACAGCGUGCCAGAGAAAGGGUGCAGGAAAGUUUAGUACACCAGAAGAGGAAAGUAGCUCAGGAAAGCUCAGUGGACAAACAAGAAACAAGCAGAGAAGUUCUGAUGUAAGGAAUAUUUCCAUUGAAAAAAGGACCAAAUUGUUAGAAAGCGUAAUAAUUGAUGAAAACAGCAUGUUCAACAGGUGGCAAAACAGAAGUCCAACCACUUCUUCAGAGAAUGACUGGUGCAAGCUGUCACUGUCAAGUUACUCUUCCAGCUGGGAGGAACUGAAGUGCGAUAGUAGCAAAGAGUCACCCAGUAGAGGACAGCAACAAGAAAAAGGCUCAGUGGAGGAGCAAUGCUGCACAACAGAAACAGAUGAAAAUGGUCAAUCUGCUUACAUGUGCUCAUUGCCACUCAGAACUCAGUAUACAUCUCCUCAAGAGCUUCCAUAUAGUUGUUUAAGGUCACCUCAGCCUUUCUUAGAGGUAGACACAGCCCUAUCUAGAAGGCUUAGGGAGAAGGCUUCUUUUGGGGGAGCAAAGCUGAGAGAGGGAGAGAACUCUUCAGGAGGGAAAGAGGAGACGAAUCACACAGACUUAGAGAACAACUCAGUUCCUUCCCUCACCGCUCCUUCUUAUCCUGCCAGGGUGGAGGGGGAGGAGGAGUGUUCUUCAUCCUCCUGGGAGGAGCUCGAGCCUUGGGUAGUGGCCGCAGGACCGAGGGGCGCAGGCUGCAGCACCACGGACAGCGCCAGGGCGCACCACCUCCUCUCAGGGACGGCCGUGCCCCAAAGCACCUAUGCGGGGCGGGACCCGGGGGGAGAAACCCUAUACAGCACGGGACACCCCUCGCCCGACGUCAGGCAUCCCACGAACAGCGCUGCUGCUGCAGGAUCUACAGGCAGUGAGCCGAAACCGGAGAGCAGCUCCUUCGUGAGUGAGUGGCUGAGGAAACCUGCAGCCACGGCCGGACACAGAUCUGUCAAAAUGCUUGAUGUUGACCCCCAGGCAGAAACUGUAGAUGACACUGAAUUUGAUUUCAUCAGUACUGGAGAGUUAGUAAACAGUUCUCCCAAAGUGAUCACUCCAGAGCUUCAGGUGGCUCUAGGUGCACCAACAGGUUUGCCUUUGUGGGGAAACACAUCGAUAACAACACACUUUGACUGUGCCACAACUGAAGAAGAAGAGGAAGAGGAAAAGCUUCAGAGCAGCAAAAGAUCAUUCCGUUCAUCACUGAGUUCAGGACACAGUUUAGCCCAGAUGCCCAGCACUUCCCCUGAAGGUCCAUUUCUAAACCCAAAGGGAAGCAGUCUUGUCUUUGCACCUGGGAGAACCAAGGAAGAAAUCCUUGAUGCUCGGAUUCUGAGGGAUGAUGACUAUAUGCAGCUGCUGGCAGGAGUAGAACAUAACUGGCUUGUCCAGAGACUGAUGCCUACUGGAGUGUUUAAGUCUAAACAGCUUCAUAAAGCAUACUCUGCUCUUCUUUUGAAAUAUUCAAAGAAAUCAGGACUCUGGACGGGCCAGGAAACAUCUGUAUUCAUUGGGGACAAACUGAACGUGGCAAAAGAAGGCAAACAGAGAAACGCCUUUUGGAUACACUUUCUGCACCAAGAAGAAAGCUUGGGAAGGUAUGUUGGGAAAGAAUAUAAAGAAGAAAAGGGGCUUCUUCAUCAUUUCAGUGAUGUGGAACGACAAAUGACUGCCCAAUACUACGUGACAGAAUUCAACAAAAGGCUGUACGAGCAAAAGAUCCCUACCCAAAUCUUUUAUAUCCCAUCUGCAGUACUUCUGAUUCUGGAAGACAGAACAAUAAAAGGAUGUGUGAGUGUGGAGCCCUACAUCCUUGGGGAGUUUGUGAAGCUGUCCAAUAACACAAAAAUAGUAAAGAAUGAGUACAAAGCCACAGAGUAUGGUCUGGCCUAUGGCCAUUUCUCCUAUGAGUUCUCCAAUGGAACAGAAGUUGUUGUUGACCUGCAAGGCUGGGUGACAGGUAAUGGAAAAGGUCUCAUCUACCUCACAGACCCACAGAUUCAUUCUCUUAAUAGCAAAGAUGUUUCACGCUCUAACUUUGGGAAGAGAGGAAUUUAUUAUUUCUUCAACAAUCAACAUGUGGAAUGCAAUGAAAUCUGCCGUUGCCUUUCUUUAACAAGACCCUCAGUAGAGACACCAAUGUAGACUCACACAAGACAACCAAACAGAGUAUGGCCCGUAAGUUGGGGAGUAUUUUAUCAUACACACAAUUAGGAACAUGUUGUCUUGAUGACAACGGGGCCUCGGAGAUGACAUCCAUGCAGGAACCUGCAACAGUUUGGGAAAUGUAGCACAGCAUCGGGUAGUAAGUACCAUGUUACCAUCCUGAGUGCCAUCUGAAACAUAUGUUCUUACAACCAUCUGUGAGAUGUAACAGACGAACCUAUGAGAAAGAAAAAAA